AGGUGCCCUCAUUGCCUGCCCUCCUGCCCACAUUAAUGCCUACUGUCCCUGACCAGUGUCACCAUGCCUCGGGGGCAAAAGAGUAAGCUUCGUGCCCGUGAGAAACGCCAUCAGGCCCGGAUCGAGGCUCAGCGUGCCCAGGAUGCUCAGGCCACUGCAGCAGAGGAAGAACAGCCCUCCACUUCCUCCUUUUCUCCUUCUGGUGGUAGUGCCCAGAGCCAAGAUGAGGAAAAACCAAGCACCUCUCAGGCACAACCCAACACUGGUCGUUACCACAGAACCCCUCUAGAUGACAAGGCGAUUCUAUUGGUGCAAUUCCUGCUGCGCAAGUAUAACAUGAGGGAGCCCAUAACAAAGGAAGACAUGAUUAAGCAUGUCAUCAAAAAGCACAAGGUGCAUUUCUGUGAGAUUCUCAGGAAAGCCUCUGAGCUAAUGGUGCUGGCCUUUGGCAUUGAUCUGAAGGAAGUCGACCCUACCAGGCACCACUAUGCCCUUAUCAGCAAAUUGCAGCGCACCAAUGAUGACAGGCUGAGGGGUGAGGAAAUCAUGCCCCAGACCGGCCUCUUGAUGACCGUCCUCUGUGUGAUCUUCAUUAAGGGCAACUGUGCCACUGAAAAGGAUAUGUGGGAAGUGCUUAAUGUGAUGGGGAUAUAUGCUGAUAAGAAACACUUCAUCUACGGGGAUCCCAAGAAGCUCAUCACUGAAGUUUGGGUGCAGGAAAGGUACCUCCUGUACCGCCAGGUGUCCAACAGCAAUCCUCCAUGCCGUGAGUUCCUGUGGGGUCCAAGAGCCUAUGCCGAGACCAGCAAGAUGAAAGUCCUUGAAUUCUUGGCCAAGGUCCAUGAUACCGUCCCCAGUGCCUUCCCAUCCUGGUAUGAAGAGGCUUUGCAAGAUGAAGAAGAGCGAGCCCGAGCCAGAUUUACAGCUCUGGUUCAUACUGGGCCUUCCAUGGCCAAUUUUGGCAGCUUCUCCCACCUGUAUUGAAACCUGAAGCACUUUCCUCACUUUGUGUUUGAAGUAGUGUGAGGGCUUAGGUGGUGCUAGCUAGAGGGGACAUAGUGCAUAUCGUACAUUCUACAUAAAUAACUUACACAUUUAUCUCUUGUUGAAAGUUAUCAAAUGUUUCUGUUUUUGAAAAGUUUAAUUAGCUUCACAAUAUAUUACACAUUUGAUGCUGUUUAUGAGGUUUAAGAGUAUGAGUUUCGCUAUUUUCUAAAACAAAUUGGUAACCUUCCAUCUUAUUUAGUGAUCUGGAACAAGAAAACAUAGCACUGCAAUUGCCAUUUUUUUGGAAAUGUGAAAAAAAUUAGCAACAAAAUAGCUGGAGUCAAAAAAUUGAGAAAAAAGUAAGAUGGUAAAUUUUUGGUUUUCUUUAUUCCAUGUACUCUGCUCUUCUGUAAAAUAAAAGUUACAUGCCUGAAAUUUCUUCAUUCAAGAAUGUACGAGAAAAUAAAUCAUAAUAAAUUGCUCA